AUGGAUUCCGAGCACGAUGAUGCGAUUUCGCAGCUGGGCGGCUUGGCACUCGGCCAGGUCCUUGAGGAUCUAGGGGUGGUCACCGCCGACUCGGAUCUGCGCCGCAUCGGUCUAGGUGGUUCCAAGACGGCGGCGUCUCAAGCGCUGAAACGUGACGAAAUUUAUCGUAACGACUUUGAUGACGAGUUGGAAGAUGAUGGUAAAGAGGAAGAAGACAUCGAAGCCGCGGAAGAGGAUACGUCGGCCCAUCCCGAAGCGGCGCCAUCCUCGGGUAUUCGCCCUUUACGUCAUGGCAAAUUUAAAGUGCGUGGCGAAGACGACGACUUCGCCGACGAAGACGAUGACUACGACGAGGUAUCCACAGCGCCGGCCAGCCAGGAGGCCAGUACAACGCUGCCUGUGUCGAGCAAGGACGUAGUCAUGGAGGAACCGCAGGCACCCUUGAGUCCACGGACGGAGGCCCUGCAUUUGUUCCCUGAUUUCAAGGCGGGGACCGUGCUGGACUUUACCGAGCUGUUCGGUACGCGCUCCCAAAAGCGACGUAGGCUGAUUGGACGACUUCCUCACACGCAGUGGAGUGUGGACGAAGUCAUCGAGCCAGCGUCGUCGCGCGAUCAGCUGCUAUCGACCGAGCCUGUGGCGCCUACGACCUCGGAUACGCAUCUUGUCACACGGUAUGCCAGGCCUUAUAUUCCUGGACAGGAAGAGAAGGAGGCAGAUAUCCAGUGCCAGGUGUUGUUUGACGAUGCGGCGCAUGAUCGCGCGGCGCAUCGAGCUACGCGACGGAUGAACAGUGUCGAGAUUGACGAUUGGGAGCGCCGCGUGGUGACUCGACCCUCUACGUCCGAAGAGCGUAUGCCAGUGGAUGUGAGUCGUCCUGUGAACAGGGAGCUCUCGAACGGCGUGUGGUUCAACAAUAUUAUUUGGAAUCCGUACAAUCGUUUCCGCCCGUUUGACCGUUUGAUUAUGGAUAUGAACGAUGCGGAGAUGAUUUUGGAAAAUGAAAAGACGCAGGACGAAAAGCAAGUCUCUCUUCUCAGGGCCGAUGCGCCGCCGAACCUGCUCAAGUCGAGUAAGUAUACGGGUGAAUUGGACCCGUUCAAUAUCUCGAACGAUCGUAUGUAUGAGAUGAGCAAAGAACACCGUCACCGCGUUCGCCAGACGCUAGGCCAGCUUGUCGUUCGUCAUGCAUGGCCAGCGAUCAAAUUACAGCUUCCUUUCUACAAGACGCGUCUUUCGAAGCACGAAACACGCUCGUGGCAUAGGCCGCGCAUUCAGUUCCCGUCUAAUAUGCCAAUUACGUUCUCGCGUGUGCGUUCUUCACGCAAAUCCAAGGAUGGAGAGCGAAAGUCCAAAGAUCCUAGUGAAGUGCUGCACAGUACGCGUGAUCUCACGUUAAAGGAUGCGAGCAACUAUAUCUUGUGUGAGUACUCUGAAGAGUAUCCGCCGCUCCUGUCGAAUAUUGGUAUGGGCAGUCUUCUCGUCAACUACUAUCGUAAGAAAGACGCGAAAGACGAUCACAUCCCCAAGGCAGAGCUGGGCGAAUCGUUCGUUCUCGACGUCACGGAUGAGUCGCCGUUUAUGAAGUUUGGCAGUGUCGAGCCUGGUCAAACACAGCCUGUGCUGUACAACAACAUGACACGAGCGCCCUUGUUCAAGCACAAGCCAACGCAGAACGACUUUUUGUUUAUUCGCAGCACGACCAAGGACGAUGUGCGGUACUACCUACGAGAGAUUCCCAACCUGUUUGUCGUGGGCCAGACGUACCCGACGACGCCGAUCCCGGGCCCGCAUGCACGUCUGGUCACGAACAACAUCAAGUACCGUCUGCAAAUGAUUACAUACAAGCUUGUGGAGAAAAGCCAUGCGCACCGCAUCAAGAUCCAUCGCGUGAUGAAAUACUUUCCAGACCAGAACGAGCUGCAAAUGCGGCAGCGACUCAAAGAGUUUAUGGUAUACAAUCGCAAGUCAGGCGAUGUGCACCAGGGCUUUUGGCGUCUGAAGCCGGACGUGCCGAUUCCAGACGAGGCGGAGCUGCAGAAGCUGCUGACGCCGGAGCACAUUUGCCUAGUCGAGGGUAUGCAGGUCGGUCAGCGGCACUUGCUCGAUGCUGGGUUUACAAAGACGGCGGAGGGGGCGGAUGACGAUGCCGACGAAGGCAAGAUGGAAAUUGAGCAGCUGCUUGCGCCGUGGAUCACCAGCAAGAACUUUUUGCAUGCGACACAAGGCAAAGCGAUGCUCAAGCUGCAUGGUGAGGGUGAUCCAAGUGGCCGUGGUGAGGCCUUCAGCUUUGUACGUGUAUCGAUGAAAGAGAUUUUUCUUCGCGCUGGUGAGGAUGUGGAUGAGCGACUGGCAGCCGAGGCGGAGGCGCGCGCCAAGUCGGGCCAUCGGUACAACGUGGCCGAGCAGCAAGCGAUCUACCGCUCGGAAAUUGACCGUAUUUGGAAAGCGCAGCUGGCCGCUUUAUCGAAUCCCGAGCCACCGCGCAUCACAGCGAAGGAAGAGCAGCUAUGGCGCGAAGAGCAGCGCCGUGAGAAGAAGAUGCAGGAGCAAAAGGCGCCGAAGCCCUUGCUAGUCAAGCGCCUGUUUAAUGGUGUAUGGUACAAGCACAUUGUACGUGAUCCCUCUGUGAUCAAUGCCUACGUGAAGCAGCGCCAGGAGAUUGAGGAGCAGAGCAUCGUCACCGAGUCGCUUGUGCCGACAGGCGAUGCUGCCUUGGACGCCAUGCGCAAGAAGCGCUUGGAAGAAGAAAUCGCGGCGCGUGUGAAGAACCAGGACCGUCGUUUGCAGCGCAAGAACGCCAAGGCUGCGGCAGAAGGCUUGAUUGGCGGCUACAAAAAGAUGCCCAACAAGACGAACACGAAACGUCGAUGUGGUCGCUGUGGGAUGGUCGGGCAUAUGGCCACGAACAAUGCCUGUCCACAGUACCCGACGAACAACCAAGGCGGGCGUGGCGGCAGUGGCGGCAGUGGCAGUGGCCCCCAUGCCGUGCGUCCGCCCAGUGUCAUGCCGAUGCCGAACAGUACCUAUUAUACCAGCGCUGCAACGAAUCAGCAGCAACCACCGCAGCAGAGUAUGCCAGGCUUCCCGCAGCCGUUCGGCAUGGGCCCUUCCUCCCCUAUGUAA